AUGAACCUGUUCUCAGCGACUUUGUCCCACCAUGAUGCUAUAAACGGACAUAGUAUAUUUCUGGGAUCCAUGAGAGGGUUAUCGUACAAACAAUGUGGACGAGAUCCUGAACGACCAAACUUUAUAUUCUCUUCAGAUAUUACCUCCAAGGUUCGUCGAUUAUCAAGACGAUAUCGAAGACGUACUGUCAAUGAUCUGGGUGAAGAAGUGGUGGAAUUGGCCGCUCUGAAUAGUGUUAGCUUCACCCUUCAAGUUGAACUCAAUACUUUACUUCUGCGUAAUAAAUUAUUAAAAGCCUCUGAUCUUCUCAAGGAAAACCUUAUAUCUGUUGCACAAUCUGGGGCUGGAAGAAUCCAUAUGGAAAGGAAGGGAAUUGAUAGACCUCUGCCACAACUGCCAGCACAACCUCUGCUGCCGCUGUCCCUGCUGCAACUGCUGAUUCACAAUAAAGGAGUAUCGCUGGCGAUUCUUCCUUAUUGUUUCGUACCCAAUGAGAUCUUUGUUGUAUGUCUCAAAUUGAAUGCUUUAGAUUUCACCGUACGACGUAAUGAAGGAAAUCUUGAAAUUGAACUUGAUUUUUUAAAAGAUGAAAGCUAUGGUAUUUUAGUACUAUGUGAUGUAAGCCUUGUGGAACAAACUGAAGAGUAUAUUAAAACCAGAUUUCUUAAAGAAUUGGAUGCAUUAAAUGAAGAAGAAGUCGCUCUGCAAGAUACUGAAGAAGUAGAUGUGGAAGAAGAAGAAGAAGAAAAAGAUGGUGAUGAACGACAAGAUUUCCAAUUUGAUGAAAUAGAUUCACUUAAUGAAUUAGAACCGAUUCAUCAAAAAUAUGUUACUGGAUAUUCAACUUCCUCCCUUGAUCCACCACUUGAAGUAAUACCAUCCUCACCUACAAUCAAUGACAUCUCUAUUGAAGAGCCUUUGAAGGAUAAGAGUUACAUCUACGAAGAUGACGAAUAUGAUUCAUCUAUAGAAGAAUUAAAUUUAUUAAAGUCUAAUGAUAUCACGCGAUCCAACACUCAAGAAGAGCCUCAACUGAUUAAUUUCAAUGAUAUUCCAUCGAUGAACUAUAGCCAUUCAUCCAACGUUCAAGUAUUAAAGAAAUUAAAUAAAAUGAAUAUUAUCGAAGUUAAGGGAGAUGAUAAAUUCCUAAAUGAUAUUAGCAAUUUACGCCAUAAUGAACACACAAAGUUAGAUGAGAUCGAAGAAGUAUCCUGUGAUUUGGAUACUGCUCCAAGUUCACCAGAAAAAAGAUCCAAGCCUGAUACAACCAACGUUUUAUUCGAACCAUCUUCCCCCUCCCCAAUACUUAAACCUAGAACUUCGUUUGUAUCACCCACGAAACGUAAACCAUCAGUAUCAAGAAAAACCCUGGCAGCUUCGUUCUCAUUGAUCAAUCAUGACGAAGAACACACUGGAUUGGAAUAUGCCUUCAAAUCUCUGACAGUUCCUAGCUACAUUAAGCAAGACAAAAAGUUUAAAUUCAUUCGAGUGGGGAAAGUUCAAAAGUUUGUGAAUUUAUUUGAAGAAAAGAAACAAGACCUUGAUCCUGUGGUACCCGGUAGUCGUCACCCAACGCGACCUAGUAGUCGUCAAUCCACGAGACCUAGUAGUCCUAGUAUAGUAUCAUAA